CAAAUGUAAAGCUCAUCAAGAUAAAUUAACUAGAUGAGAAGUAAUGAUUCAGGAAAUAUAAACUAAUCAAAGUCUAAAACUCUGUAGAGGAAGAACAACAACACGAUGAAAGUCGGUGAUUUAUCAAGGAAAAGUUAAAGCAAAUGUAUGACACGUUUUGGAUGAUUUAUAACUCUGCAAAGACUGUCAUAGGAUUAGGGAGAUAUGAGGCAAGUCGUCAUUUUAUUGAUCAUAAACUGCACCUGAACCAUGUGGGAUUCUUUGUGGUAUUUGAAAAUUUUGAUGCAUAUAUUUCAUGAAGAAAUUCAUUUCUUUUCAUCUACAAUUCAGUCUUUAAUUUUUUUUCAGACAUUUCAUCCUGCAGUUUGUAGAGGCAAUUUAUGAUUAAUCUUCAUAAUGUGGAUUCACUAAGCUUGGGCAAAUUGAAGAUGAUAUUCUUGAAGAGGACAAAAAGUUGGUCUUUGGUUAAAAAAAAAAUAACCUGUAGAUAUGAAUGGUAACACCACAAAUAAAGGAAAAAGAUCGCGUCAACCACUGCUCACAGACUAAGUCCACUUGGUGCUCUUGAGAUUCAGCUCUAUUAUGCCUUGCAUAAUGAGGUCGAUUAAGGGCAGUUUACCAACAACCCACGUACGUUCAUGAAAACGUACAGGAUGGAAUGUAGCAGCCAAGUAUUCCUGGUCUGGGCUGCCCUCCUGUUUGUUACCUGGCCUUCUGAUGUUCUUGUUGGAGAGUUUGUCAAGACACUUCCUGCAAAGUCUCUCCUAAGGGCUUCAGAUACAAUAGUGCAUGGUUUCAUCGGAGCCUUCUUGUGGCAGCUGAUGUGUCUGCUCUGUCCUGCCUUGGAGUUCAACGUAACAUAUCAAGUCUCUCGCUUGAUUUCAGGUCGUUCCUUCUUUGAUGGAAAGAACACUGCAUCCUUUGUCAACAGUUUCUUAAACUUUGGGCUGGCAUUUGCACUGUCCUGUAUAAUAGAUGUUGAUCAUGUAUUCAAGGACUUGAUACAGUCCAUACAAGGAGGGCCCAGAGCACCUUGGGAGAGAGGAGUGCUUCACCUGUCACUGCCACCCCUCGUGACAGUGCUGCUCCUCUAUUCUACAGCCAUGAUAUUUAAGCAACUCUGGUGUUUAAAGUGCGGAACAAUCAUUAUAGCUUGUGUUUUGAGUCAUCACAUACGAGAUGGAAUACGGCAUGGGCUGUGGUUUCAGCCCAUUGGUACAACGCCAGUCCUCCCCUACUGGUUGUAUGUUGUUAUAACAUUAAUAUUACCUUUUGCAGUGGGAGGGUUGGCAUCAAAAGUCUCUGCAUGGAUAACACCUUCACAACUAGUCGCUAGUAAUAGUUUUGUGGCUAAAACUUACAUUAUAUGAUUUGUUAUUUCUUACUGGAUAAUUAUCUUAGUAUAUAUUUAUAUAUAAACAUACACAUAUGUGAACAGAUAUUUAUAAACAUAAUAUUAAAUAUUAUUUUUAUACAUGAAUCUUAUAUAUGUAUUUAUUUCUUUAUUCUUUAACCCAUUGGCACUGUGGAAAAUGAAUAAGAAAUGGGGAAAAUACUGUGCUCAUUUCUCAUAUUUCUUGCAAAAUGUCUCUACACAUAGAUGGCUCUGCCUUACCUGAUUUCACCUUUCCUUGAAUUGGCGGGAAAAUGUUUUUUUUACUAGUACUAUGAAUAUUGAUAGUGUUAUUUUUAUUAUAAACAUUAUAAUUAAUAAAGUUGUUAUGAACAUUGUGUGCUGUGUGGUGCAGCGGUAGCGAUCUCCUUUGGCAAUCUUGCUGACCUGCGUUCAAAUCCCUCGCCACCAGUGGAUGGUAACCCCGGCCAUUCCUUGCACACAGGGGAUAAUUUAGAAGCAAAAUAAAACAGACAGUAUGUCACACCAAGAAUAUCCAUUGUAAUAAAUGGAAUCAAACUAAAUUAUUAUUAUUAUUAUUAUUAGUAAUAGCAAAAAAGAUAACGUAAAAUAUUUUCAUAAAUUAAAGAAAAGGGUAAAUGGGCAAGACAGGCAGUAUUUGUAACUGGCUCAUUGGUGAUUUAGUACAAAUGUAGCCAUCUAUGUGUAAAAACAAUUAAACAAGUAAACUCACAGUGGGCAUGGCACAGAUACGUGACAUACCCGUUAGGAAUGGGUUAAAUGAAUACUCAAGCACCUAUAUCACCAAAUACCUGAGAAUGCUAUGCAAGGAAAAUAAAAUACAUAAUCACU